CCAUCGCGAUAGUCUUGGCCCAUCGGCCUGUUUCCGGCCCCCCAGAAUCCCAGUGUCUAUGGACCGUGUAUCGACUGUUCGUGGACAAAGAGAUGAGAACAAGCCGGGAUGGGUCGCCGCAACUUUGUUGUCCGCAAGAAAGCCCUCUUCAGUCGCCGCCGAGGAGGCUCUUUCAGCCUUUGAGCCGUCCAUUUUCGAGAACAAUACAUUGACUGCCUCGAUUCCUUCAACGGUUGCCAAACCUCCCGCCUGAUUUGUCUCUGUUCACAGUCCAUACUUUCGUCCAAUUGUAUAUACCAUCACCCCCCAAGUCUCGAAUCAACAACACCAAAAACACGCAGACUGAGACCACCCAGGAAGAACGACCCUGGCCAGCCUCCCUGAAUAACCACUCGGUAAGGAAUCCCUAGAGACUUCAAGAAACCCAAUCAACAUGUGCUACAGAGUCCACACCCACACCAUGUCGUGCGACGUCCGCCCCGUCAUCACCUCGACCAAGACGCUCUAUGCCAACCCAUACGAAACCACACCGUCCUGCCCAUGCACCCCGUCCUCCCGCGGCCACCAUCAUCUCACCUCGUCCUCCAGGCGCUGCCCCUCUCAUGGCUGCUGCAGCCUCGACGUCGCAAUCUACCGCUGUCCGCGUAAAUGUCGGAGGCCAACAGAUUACAACCAGUACGUCUGCAAGCACGACCACGAGCCCCAGAGUCCUUCGUCUUCGCGCUCGCAUCGCCGCUCCGUAUCACGUUCUCGCUCCUCCUACUCCUAUUCGAACCGGCACCCUUCCAAGGCGCCGCACGACCACUUUAAAGAUCCGGCCCACAUGCCAUGGCGCAGCCUCCGCACCUUCGACCGGAAACCAGAUUUCCACGUCGCUGAGUCCUCCGACUUCCGCUUUGCCGUCUCCGAGCUCCUUGACAUCGGGCGUAUCCUCCUGCACGCCGAGUCAGAGCUCGAGAAGGCCGGCCUCAGAAUCGAGAGAGAGCGGACCCGGCACCAGCGCUCCCACGGCGCGGCGUGCGAGCGCGUGCUCCGAGAGUGGGAGUGCAGCUGGAUGCGUCGCAUCGAGGAGAUGGUUGUUGACAUUGACGAUUUGAAGCUCAGCACCGAGGUCCUGGCGGAUUGCUGGAUCAAGUACGUAGGCCUGCUCCGCAAGUACGAGCUGCUGGGGCAGCGGAGGGUCGGCGGCAUCGUCGAGGGUCGGGGGCGACGGAGGCGACGGAGUGAGAACAGCUCAGAGGAGGCUCGAAAGAACGAAACCGAUAAGCCGUGGAGAUACCUUCGCCGCGAGAGCUGGGAUCGGGUAGACCGUCGUCGCGGGGGGCGUCCGGAGGGGACGCGUGGCCACGAGCGCGGCGCUGAACACGAACCGAUACGGAGGCGAGAGAGACGUCAGUCAGUUCGUUUUGUCGACGAGGUCGAGCGACAACAAAGCCACCGUGGGUCGUCCGAUCAUAAGGGGCACCGACGUUGGUGGAAGUUCUAGUUCUAGGCAAGUGAGUCAGUCCCAUUCCCCUCCGCUCGGAACAAGGGUAGGACGCAGUUCACUUUGUGGUGGUUGAAUACAGGCGCCGGCUGCGAUAGAUGGUAUUGUAUUAGACUGCGUUCGUAUAACGUUUGCCACAAUUGAUAUGAACUUUGCAAUGUCCCCGCCCCGUCUGCGCCUUUUGCUCCAAACAAGCUUGGCAACCGUGGAAACCCGUAUCAUAU